AUGGCUCGUAUUCUCACGGGAAAUGUCGACUAUGAAGAACAAUUGGAUGGCGAGUCUCUUAUAAGCCUUGAAGAACGAAAACGUGCUUAUGAAUCCAGUGAAGGUCCAUUAACUCCUCAAAAAAAGAUUUCUCUAAAUUUGGAUAGUGACGAGAAUACAAUUCGAAAUAUACCCUUAGAAAAUCCAUUUUUUUGUGAAAAUGAAAUGAUCGAUUUUGAUUUUAAAGAUUUAGAAAAACAACUUGAACAUAUAGAAGAAUCACAAAAUGAUUGGAUAGUUGAUUCAAUAAACGUUUCUAAAAAGUUUAAGGAAUAUCAGAAGGACCUAAUUUCUGCAGUAAAAAAUAAAAAAGUAAAAUUAACAUGGGCAGAUACGUAUGAAAUACUCGCCAUUUCAUCUAUUAUUGUAUUAACACUUCCGUGUCCAUAUAAACCAACAUUCUCAACAUCGCAAUGGAAUAAAAUAAUUAGUUUGAAUCCAUAUAAGAUUGAACAGCCAAUUUUAUCACAAUCUGUUUCAUCAUCAUUACUUGAGGCUACAUAUUAUGCUUCAUUGAAUUUGGAACAUGAGUUAAAUUUAAAUGAUAAAAGUGAAAUCGCUAAUAAAUGUUUUAGAAUUUUUAAUAAUUUAAAAUCAGAACUUCCUAUCAUUUAUGAAAACAAAAGAACUGAAGACGAACAUUGCUUUUACUUUUUAUAUCCAAUCAUUAAACCCAUUUUUUGUGACUGUACUUAUAAAAACUACACAUUAAGACUAAACAAAAGUACUAUUGGCACAUCUAAGCGGCCAGAUUUUAGUUGUCUGGAUUAUGUGAAGGUUCAUCUGAAAGCAAAAGGCACUAUUAAUAAGAUGGCAAAUCUCCAGGGUGGACCAACUGAAGCGCUUGGCUUUUUAAAUAUGGGUGAUUCUGCGGAAUCAUUAUUAAUUGAUCUAAAAUAUGAUGGUAUUUAUAGAUCAUUUGAACUUUUUAAAAGUAAAUUAGUAAUAGAAAAAGUGUCAUUUCCUUUGCUAGUUCCAACAAUUUCUCAUUUUCUGCUAUUAGAGGAAAAGGUGAAAAAUUUGGUAGACGAGUAUGAAUAUUUUUCAUCUAAUCCUAUGCCAAAAUCAACAUUUAUUAGAGAAUUUCCAUAUUCACCGCAGAUUAAAUCAUUGUUAAAAAAAUGA